AUGAGGCAGAUACAUCGCUGGUGAACUGCGAGUCUGCGAUGUAUCCUCCCUCCAAGAGGCAAGAGCUAGUAGCCUAGUACAGGUUCAACUUUACAAUGCCAUCACUUACACGAGUUCUCAAUUUCAAUUUCUUCAAAUUUCCACCUCCAAUUUUAUCUAUAUCUCAUCAUCUUUUCGUCAAAUUUCAUUACUGCGUUCCUCCUCACAGCUUUAAGGUUUCCAGGUGCCCAAACGAGGAUUGCGAUGAUUUUUUGCCAUGGUUGGAGACGAAGGCUGGGGUUCAGAUUUCUGAAGUGCUUUCAAUUGGAAAUUCUGAUUUUGGAAGGUCCUUGUUUGCUUGUAAGAGUAUACAAGCUGGAGACUGCCUACUGAAAGUUCCUUUUAAUGUGCAAAUAUCUCCUGAUAAUGUCCUGCCUGAAAUCAAGCCCUUACUCACUGAUGCAGCAGGGACUGUUGCAAAACUUGCAAUUGUUAUUCUAGUCGAGCAGAAAAAAGGUCAGAGUUCUGAAUGGGCUCCUUACAUCUCUCGUCUUCCUCAGCAUGGAGAGUUGCAUAGCACGAUAUUUUGGAGCAAAAAGGAGUUGCAGAUGAUACAACAAAGUUCAGUCUACCAGGAGACGCUUAACCAUGAAGCUCAAAUUAGAAAAGUUUAUAUGGACAUCAGACCAGUUUUCGACCGCUUUCCUGAAAUAUUUGAGGAUGUUCAAUAUGAAAACUUCAAACAUGCUUAUGGUCUAGUUGCAUCUCGAGCCUGGGAAAGCACGAAAGGAGAAUCGCUGAUUCCAUUUGCAGACUUUUUAAAUCACGAUGGAACUUCUGAGUCCGUUGUAUUAUGUGAUAUAAACGAACAAGUAUCAGAGGUUAUUGCCGAUCGAGAUUAUCUUUUGGGUGAAGAGGUUUUGAUACGGUAUGGAAAGUUUCCAAACUCAAUGCUGUUGUUAGACUUUGGAUUUACAGCUCCGUGUAACAAGUAUGACCAGAACAUGGUAUUCAAGAAUCAAGGUCAAGGGCCUCAAGGCAGUUGGCGCUUUUCUGCAAUCCUUUUUUGGAUAAAGGGUGUUACCAUUCAAAUUGACAUACCUUGCAAUGAUCCUCUACGAGCAAUGAAGUUGGACAUUCUGCAGAAGCAUUGUUUGCCAAAAGCCAAGGAUGCAAACUUCAGCCCUUCUGGGGCCUCUUUUGUGAUAAAGGAAGUGAAGUCAUCUAAAGGAAAGGGGAAGGGAAUUCCACAGUCACUUCGUGCAUUUGCUCGUAUCCUAUGUUGUACCUCUUCUCGAGAAUUAAAUGAACUGGCUGUGGAAGCUACCCGACAUGAUGGCCGGCUGGCACGAGACCCUUUGGUUAAGAGGAGCUUGGAGAUACGAGCCCAUGAGAUCUUGUUGUCUCUAAUCGAUGAGUUGAUUGAGAAAUAUAGUGUGUCAAUUAAGUCACUACAUGUGGUAGAAUCCACCAACUGUAGGAAGUUUGCUAUCAGACGGCAAAUGGCUCAAGAUCUCCUUGCUGGGGAUGUUCGUGUCCUGAGAUCGGCUUCUGCAUGGCUGAAGAAUUACUGUAAGUCUUAUACAGAUCACGAAAAAACCAUCGUAAAUCCUUUACAAACACAGCAGCAGAGCUAAGACCCAAAUCUCAUAAAUCCAUCCUCAAGUCUUUAUUCAGCUACCUGUCAAUGUAGAUUGAUGCAAUAAAUGAUAUGGUAAUUCUGAUGACUAACACGUCUACUUUCAGUAGUUUUGUGCUCAUCCCUUGUUCAUGGUGGGAGGGUGCCUGUUUUCUUUUGGACGCGGUACUGGUUAUUUGGUAGGGGUAAAUGUUAAUAUUGUCAAAUUAUCUAGUAUUGUAUCUGCUACUGGUUUUUUGAUUGGGAAUAAAUGGAAAUAUUGUUGAAUUAUCUGGUAAUUUAGAUUGCUUCAAACAUGUAACUGUAGUAUGGGAGGGUUGAUAACAUGCAAAGAGCCAAGUAGUAUAACCUGGUCUGUGGUUGUAUGGUAAAAUAUUUUACAUGCCUA